GCAAACCCCAUGCGCGAGCUGCGCAUCCAGAAGCUCGUGCUGAACAUCAGUGUCGGCGAGUCUGGUGACAGACUUACUCGUGCUGCUAAGGUGCUCGAGCAGCUGAGCGGUCAGACUCCUGUCUACAGCAAGGCCCGCUACACCGUCCGUACCUUCGGUAUCCGUCGUAACGAGAAGAUCGCCGUCCACGUUACCGUCCGUGGCCCCAAGGCUGAGGAGAUCCUCGAGCGUGGUCUCAAGGUCAAGGAGUACGAGCUCCGCAAGAAGAACUUCUCCGAGACCGGUAACUUCGGCUUCGGUAUCAGCGAGCACAUCGAUCUGGGUAUCAAGUACGACCCCGGUAUUGGUAUCUACGGCAUGGACUUCUACUGCUGCAUGACCCGCCCUGGUGAGCGUGUUGCUAAGCGCCGCCGCUGCAAGUCCAGCAUCGGUACCAACCACAAGAUCAACCAGACCGAGACCAUCAAGUGGUUCAAGAACCGCUUCGACGGCAUCGUCAGGUGAACACCUCUUCUUUCCAACAAACAAACUUUGAGUCUUUAGCGGGGAAAAGGUUGGGUUCGCGUUACGAUGAGAUCGAACGAAAAAAAUCUUCCAAAGGCAGACAUCGACUCUGUAUUUCUGUCUCGUUCUGCUUUUCUACCACGGCAAUGCGACUAGGGCAUGCUAGAGAGAUAUCAAAACCUACAAAUAUUUUUUUGUUCAGAAAAUGCAUCUACUUUUCACA